AUGAGCUACGACAAAAAGAACGAGGACGAGGCCGGCCUGCUCAAGGUCGACCGCACCUCGGUCUUCCAAGAGGGUGAGUCUAUCUCCCUGCUGCUCUUCACCGGCGAAAAGUUCCCCCAGAACGAAGCCACCUCUCUCUUCUUUGGCAUUUCCAAGCUGUUCCAAAACAAAGAUGCCUCACUCCGCCAGAUGGUCUACCUGGUCAUCAAGGAGCUUGCCAACACCGCCCAGGAUGUCAUCAUGGUCACCAGCUCCAUCAUGAAGGACACUGCUGUCGGCAGCGACGUCGUAUACCGCGCCAACGCCAUCCGUGCCCUCUGUCGCAUCAUCGACGCUUCCACCGUGCAGGCCAUUGAGCGCAACAUCAAGACGGCCAUCGUCGACAAGACCCCCUCCGUCUCCUCGGCCGCUCUUGUAUCCUCGUACCACCUACUACCCAUCGCCCGCGACAUCGUCCGCCGCUGGCAGAGUGAGACCCAGGAGGCUGCUUCGAGCACAAAGUCCUCGGGCGGCUUCUCUCUUGGCUUUGGCACUUCGGCCUCGCACAGUCUGGCUGCUUCAAACACAAACUUCAUGACUCAAUACCAUGCUAUUGGUCUGCUCUACCAGAUGCGAUCCCACGACCGCAUGGCUCUGGUCAAGAUGGUCCAACAGUACAGUGCCCCUGGAGUCGUCAAGAGCCCUGCAGCCCGUCUCAUGCUGGUCCGUCUGGCCGCAAAGCUGAUUGAGGAGGAUCCUGGCCUUCGCGCCCCUAUGAUGAAGCUACUCGACGGCUGGUUGCGCGACAAGAGCGAGCUGGUUAACAUUGAGGCCGCCAAGGCCAUCUGCGAGGUUGGCGAUUUGACCGACAACGAGGUUAUGCAAGCUGUCCACGUCCUUCAACUCUUCUUGACCUCGCCCCGAUCUGUCACCAAGUUUGCUGCUAUCCGCAUCCUCCACAACUUUGCCUCGUUCAAGCCCGAGGCCGUCCGCCAAUGCAACCCGGACAUUGAGGCUCUCAUCACAAACUCUAACAGAUCUGUUGCCACAUUCGCCAUCACCACUCUCCUCAAGACCGGAAACGAGUCAAGCGUCGACCGUCUGAUGAAGCAGAUCUCUGGCUUUAUGGCUGAGAUCACCGACGAGUUCAAGAUUACUGUUGUUGAGGCCGUUCGCACACUUGCCCUCAAGUUCCCCAGCAAGCAGGCCGGUAUGCUUGCUUUCCUUAGUACUUCGAUCCGCGACGAGGGAAGCUACGAGUUUAAGAGCAGUGUUGUCGAGGCCAUCUUUGACCUUAUCAAGUUUGUCCCAGAAAGCAAGGAAGAUGCUCUUUCGCAUCUGUGCGAGUUCAUCGAGGAUUGCGAGUUCACCAAGCUGGCUGUCCGCAUCCUUCACCUACUGGGAAUGGAAGGACCCAGAACUGCCAACCCCACCAAGUACAUCCGUUACAUCUACAACCGUGUUGUACUUGAGAAUGCCAUUGUGCGUGCCGCUGCUGUCACUGCUCUGGCCAAGUUCGGUGUUGGUCAGCAAGACCCAGACGUCAAGCGCAGUGUCAACGUUCUUCUGACCCGCUGCCUCGACGAUACCGAUGAUGAGGUCAGAGACCGUGCAGCUCUCAACUUGCGCUUGAUGAAGGAGGAUGACGACAUGGCUAGCAAGUUCGUCAGAAACGACUCAUCGGCUGCCUUCUCUCAGCCUUUCGACCUCAGUUCCGUCCCUGUCGUUACCCGUGAACAGUCACUCGCCGAGGACCGCACAAAGAAACUCACAACCGCGACUCCCACCCUCAAGGCACCUUCAGCCGGACCUAAACCUGCGGCUGCUCGUGGUUCAGCGGAAGCUAUCGCCUCGGCAAGCGCAGCUGCUCAGAAGUAUGCUCAACAACUGCAAGCCAUUCCCGAACUUGCUUCGUAUGGAGGCGUUCUGAAGAGCAGUGCUAUCGUCGAGCUGACCGAGAGCGAAACCGAGUAUGUUGUUACUGCCGUCAAGCACUUGUUCAAGGAACAUGUUGUCAUUCAGUACGACAUCAAGAACACGUUGCCCGACACAGUUCUCGCCGAUGUAACAGUAGUCUGCACACCGGCAGCCGUCGACGAGUCAGAAGAGAUCGGUCUGGAGGAAGAGUUCACCAUUCCUGCUCCCAUGCUCAAGACAGAUGAGCCCGGUACUGUUUACGUCUCCUUCAAGCGCCCCGAAGGUCAAGAGUUCUCGGCAGCAAACUUCACCAACGUGCUCAAAUUCACAAGCAAGGAGAUUGACCCGUCGACCAACGAGCCCGAAGAGCACGGCUAUGAAGACGAAUACGAGAUCUUUGACUUGGAUCUUGUCGGCUCCGAUUACAUUGUUCCCGCCUUCGCUGGCAACUUUGACAGCAUUUUCAACAGCAUCCCCUCUGACGACGAACACGAAGCCGAGGAAACCCUCCAGCUUUCCAACGCCAAGACUUUGGCCGAAGCAACCGAGUUGCUCGUCAAGAGUCUGGGCAUGCAACCCCUUGAAGGCAGCGAAGUGACACUUUCUGCAAGCACACACAGUCUGAAGCUUUACGGCAAGAGUGUGACGGGCGGUAAAGUGGCAUCGCUGGUCAGAAUGGCAUUCAGUGCCAAGAGCGGCGUUACCAUCAACAUCAAGGUGCGAAGUGAAGAGGACAUGUUGGCAGCUCUGGUCAUUGGAGGAGUUGCAUGA